UCUGUAACGAAAUAAGCAUUUUCAAGCAAGCUAAAUUAAUUAAGAUAGCUCUUCUUGCUUGGUGAUCUUGCUUUUAUAAAUAAAUUAAAUUAAAUAUCAGCGGAUCACCUCGCGGAAGAGCUUCUUAUUAUCUAAUUUAUUCCAAGAAUGGCAUUAAAUGAUCCCCGUUUCGUUCUUGCCUUCGGGAUUCUUGGUAAUGUGGUGUCAUUCCUUGUAUAUCUGGCUCCAUUGCCGACGUUUUACAGAGUAAUAAAGAAAAAAUCAACAGAAGGGUUCCAAUCGAUUCCGUAUUCAGUUGCACUGUUCAGUGCUAUGUUAACUCUCUAUUAUGCGACUCUAAAGGAGAAUGCAAUUCUUCUCAUUACUAUAAACUCAAUUGGCUGUCUCAUAGAAGGCAUUUACGUAACUAUAUUUCUAAUCUAUGCAACACAGUCAGCAAAGAAGUUAACGGUGAAACUGCUGGUGUUUUUCAACUUGGGAGCUUAUUUGUUGAUAGUAUUAUUAACGGCAAAGUUGAGUCAUGGGUCUGUUAGGGCACACAUUGUUGGAUGGAUUUGCGCCGUCUUCUCCGUUUGUGUGUUUGCUGCUCCACUUAGUAUCAUGAGGCUGGUUAUAAGGACAAGGAGUGUGGAAUACAUGCCAUUCUCACUCUCGUUUUUCUUGACUCUUUGUGCUACAUGCUGGCUUGGUUAUGGACUUGCUGUUAAUGAUUACUUUAUUGCUUCACCAAACAUCCUAGGAUUCUUGUUCGGAAUAGCUCAGAUGGCGUUGUACAUGAUCUACAAGAACAAAAAUAAGGAACAGAUCCUGCCUACCACCAACUCACAAGAACUAGCAAAAAUUGAGCCUCAAAAGAGCAAAGAUGGUCUUCAAAAUUCUAAUGCCACCAACUUAAACCCUAAACAAGAGCAAAAAGCAGCAGUACUCGACGGAGGAGCAGCAGCAGCUACUGGACUCAACAAUGCGUAAACUUGUAGCCUUUUCUGUUCUUAUGAACCUCACAUCAGACGCACUAUAUGAUGCUGAUUCAGAAUAACUGCUCUCGAGCGGAUUAUUAUACAUGUUGUUCAUCUGUAGCUUCAAAUUCUUCGGCGAUGAGGGUUUUCAUUUCCUGCAUAUUUGACCGGUUAUACUGGCCUUCUGUCAAUAACUACUGCAUUUUUUAUGAGCAAUAAAAUUCAGAGUUUACCACCAUUA